AUGGCUUUGGCCCUGGUUCCUGUGCACGGCCUCUCUGAUGAUGAGCAACAUGAGGGCCGGCAUUCUGGCUGUCCUUCUUCUUUAGCUGCUGUUGACUCUUUGAGCGACCAUGAGACUGAGACUGCAGAUGGCUGCCAAAUGGUCCCUGUGCAGCCUAUACAGCCACCUCGUCCAGAUCCCUGCCAAAAGAAGAGGAAAGAGCAGCCUUCUUCAGUGCUGCAAGCAUCGAUGUUAAGACGCAAGCUCUUCCAGGUUGUUAGUUCUGCCUGCCCUUGCACCCAGCACGGGAGGUUUCGACAUCAUGCUGGUAGUUGCUGUCAGCAGUUCCGAUCUGAAUUAGAUACUUUGGUGCAGCUCCGAUUGCGGCUGUCCAGACUUGAGAAGCAUGAUGCCGACAACGAAGUUUUGGCCCUCCUGAAAGAAGCUGGUGAUCAGUUUCGCUGUGCCCAAAAACUUCUGGGGCGUCCAGUGUGUCAACGAGCCUUUCGGAGGCUCUUAGGUAUAGGUUCCAUGAGAUACACCCGUUUGAAGAAGGCUGCUUCUGAAGGAUUAGCCCAAGCCCCUUUGGAUGGACGAAAGGUCUCGAAGAAGAACACGUUUAAAUCAAACACUGCGUACCUCCGGAAACGUGCCAUCAUUGUUGAGUUCCUUGAGGAAAUGCGGAACAGCAUCUCCGAGCCUUUGCCGGAGGCGAAUCAGAAUCCAAAGCUUCUUGACGAACAGAAGCGGAGCCUCACACUGUUUCGCAGACACAGAGGGCGCAGACCGCGUGGUGCUUCUCAGUGGAGUCGAGGGGGGGAUCGCUCUUCCCUGCGGUUGUUACCACCGGGCUCUUUCACGGAUUACCUCCGCCUUUUGCAGAGCAGGUGGCCGGAUCUCAAGAUUUCCUUGAAGCUGUUCACCCGUGAGUCGCAGCAUGCAAAGUGUACGAUUUGCAUCAAGCACAAAUUGAUCAUCAAACGUUUGGCCACAGAUCGUGCAGCAAGACAAUCUCAAUGUUUGCUGUACUCCAAGCAUUUAGAUGUUCAGUACUCUGACCGAGUACAUUAUUGGAUGAGUCGGGCCCACAGCAAGUUGCCUAUGCUACCUUCGGGAUUGAAAACAAUUACUCUGAUCGUUGACGGCCUGGACCAUCAGAAAUUUAGAUACCCAAAGGAUUUGGCCUUUUCUGCGAAAGAGUUUUCGAGUUUUUUGAGACCUUCUUUAGAUUGCUACGCUGCAAUCGUACACGGCCAUGGAGUUUUUGUCAGUCUCACCGAGCCGUUCAUGAAGAAGGACAGCAGCUUCUGUUGCGAUGUGGUGUCUCAUGUACUUCACACCUUCGCAAGCUUCUGCGAUUUGCGUGAGUAUGAGGUAAUUAUCCAAUCGGAUAAUACCUCACGCGAAAUUAAGAACAAUUGCCUGUUGAGGUGGGGUGGAAUGCUGACCGGACUUUCUCGAUGCAAGAGGCUGGAAUUCCGGUUUUUACAAAGUGGUCACAGCCACGAAGAUUGUGACCAAUGGUUUGCACAGAUCGCCAAUCUGGUAGAAUCCAAACGGUCUUUGCAAACACCAAGCGAGUUCCAAUCCUUGCUGCAGCCAUGGCUGGAUGAGGGCCAAACCCGGCCUGAUGAGCAGCGAUUCAGAAAAAUUUCCUCCAUCUUGCUUGUCGCGGAAAUCAUUUACGCGGCAUUGGUGGCCCUGGUGCGCCGCACGUUUUUGCAUUUGACCGUUUGGCUGAUGUUCCAGGUGACGCUCUUCAAGGAAUGGCAACAUCGUUCUGGGAUAAGUUUGGGUUUCAGCGGGCUGGGUGCGAUGUGGUGCUCAGGAGCGGAGCCGUUCUGCCUGGACGCGGCGGCAGACCAUUUGCAGGCUCUUGCUGAAGGGAAUUUGCAGCGCGGGCAGCCGCUGGAAGCUGACAGGAUCUUGCCAUCACCUGGCCCAGCAGUGGGGCAUGGUUUUGAUGGAGGUGGUGUUCGCCCGGCUGUUGACUUGCAACCGGCGCUCAACAGGAUGGAUAUGGUCCAUGAAAGGAUGCCCAGGGCAAACCUUGCGAGAUACAAGUCCAAAACUGAGAAGUACCACAUGUUCAAAGCUGCAGCAAAGCUGUGGUCUGAAGGGCUUCCAUGGCCCAAAGCUUUUGAAAUUGUGAAGGAAGCCUUUGAUUCCUGUGCUACCGCAACUUGA